AUGAUCAUUCGUGGAGGAAGAUGCUGCUGUCCACAGAGGCUGGACACUCCUACGCGGAACAUGAGCUUCCGCCUUUUCAGCUCGGACAAUUCCGAGGCUCAAACUGUCCUGUUCCAUGACUCUUCCGGCGCAGAGGGUUUCUGGGAGAGACGAUUCCGCAGGGCCAGACGGAAGCGAGUGCAGAUGCUCCAGCAGAUCAAUGCUGCGCACGACCAGAUGAGAGUUUUCUAUGCGCUUGGGCGACGGCGUCUUCAAGACAAGGGCAGGUUAAACGAGGAACAUGCUGCCAAGUUUGCCCGCAUUGACGAGCGCCUCUUCGGUUUGCAGCGAGAUCCUUUGCAGCUUGAGCAUCUGCCUGAGUAUUCGCAGGAUGGCAUAGGCAAUUGA